AUGCCACCAAUACGCCACAAGACUCUCUUUGAAAAGGUGCAAGCGGGAGAGCAGGGACAAGAAGAGAAUGCUCAGUUCUGACAACACACCUGCGUUCACUACUCAUUUUGGAUAGACCCCGAUGGCAGAAUCUGGGAACGCCCUUCCCACGGCAUAUGUUUGAGCGGGUACACCGUGAUGCGGUCUUGGAAGAAACUGUGCGCUUGUACGUGGCAUCUGACCCAAGGUAAAGGACAGCUGCUAAAUUAACAAGAGUUGAAGAGAAAUUGGAUUUUCCUGUGUGGGAGGCCAGGUAUUUGAAAAUCAAUCAGAAGAUUGGUGGACACAUCUGCCAAAGUUUCUGCCUUGAACAAUGACAACACGAUUAGGGGUAUGGAGACCUGAAUGAAAGAUGUGGAGGUUUAGGGGCCCUGGCCCCUUGCAAGAAGCCUGUAUCUUCCCAAGCCCUCUCGGUUCCUCCUCUCAGGACAGAGCUACAGCCCAGCCAAAGUGAACAAAGAAACUAUGGAGGGGAGGAUCUCACACCGUAUUUGCAGAGUGUCCUGAGAGCCUUAGAUGAAAAGCCCUUUGAAAGUUCCAAGUGGUAUACUGACAGCAGAUCUUCAAAGUCUAUUGAAGACUGAUGAAGAAAGCUGAUAGCAGAAAAUUAUUAAUCAAGUAGUUCAAGAAUAAUGCUGCAGUAGAAAUCAAGAUAAAGAGAGAAAAGGAGAUUUACUACUGAAGGAUGAAUAGUGAAGAAGAAUUCUUUGAUGCCGUUACAGCUUCCCGUACCUCCAUGGAGAACUCAGUAAUGAUGGAGAAUGGUUGCAGAGCAUUGCCUAAAUGCUUUGAUUCAGACAAUUCAUCUGGGGAAUUCUCAGAAGCAAACAAUAAAGUCGCAGAAAUGAUUGACUUGGACACCAGCAAAAGCAACAGGAGUGGAAAAAUUGGGGAGCGAUCUCAAGAGAAUGGGAUCAAGAAACACAGAACCUCAUUACCUGCUCCCAUGUUUACUAGAAGUGAUUUCAGUGUGUGGAGUAUAUUAAAAAAAUGCAUUGGCCUGGAACUGUCUAAGAUCACAAUGCCUAUUGCCUUCAAUGAGCCUUUGAGCUUUCUUCAGCGAAUUACUGAAUACAUGGAACAUAUAUACCUCAUUCACAAAGCUUCUUGUCAAACACAGUCCCUGGAAAGAAUGCAGGCUGUGGCUGCUUUUGCUGUUUCGGCUGUAGCUUCUCAGUGGGAGAGGACUGGCAAACCAUUUAACCCGCUUCUGGGAGAAACCUAUGAGCUAAUUAGGGAUGAUUUAGGGUUCAGAUUUAUAUCUGAGCAGGUCAGUCACCAUCCUCCCGUUAGUGCAUUUUAUUCUGAAGGUCUCAAUCAAGACUUUCGAUUCCAUGGCUCAAUCUAUCCCAAACUGAAAUUCUGGGGGAAGAGCGUAGAAGCAGAACCCCGGGGAACAAUUACAUUGGAGCUUCUGAAGCAUAAUGAAGCGUACACAUGGACAAAUCCUACCUGCUGCGUACAUAAUGUAAUCAUUGGCAAACUCUGGAUAGAGCAGUAUGGAACAGUUGAAAUUUUAAAUCACAGAACUGGUGAUAAAUGUGUACUCAACUUUAAAUCCUGUGGGCUGUUUGGGAAAGAACUUCAUAAAGUAGAAGGAUACAUUCAAGAUAAAAGCAAAAAGAAGCUCUUUAUGAUUUAUGGCAAGUGGACAGAAUGUUUGUGGGGGAUCGAUCCUGCUUCCUAUGAGUCCUACAGAAAGAAUGAAAGGAGAGGAGACCACCAGAAGAAACCCAAGCCAGAGAAUGAUGCCGCAGAAAAGUCUGAGAGCGAUGUGGUCGACGAUAUACCGGAGAUGCAGGACACCGUGCAAGUUAUACCUGGGAGCAAGCUUCUCUGGAGGAUCAACACCAGACCUCCAAAUUCCUCCCAGAUGUAUAAUUUUACCAGUUUUACUGUGAGCCUCAAUGAGCUGGAAAAGGGCAUGGAAGACAUCCUAGCUCCAACAGAUUGUCGCCUGCGUCCAGAUAUCAGAGGCAUGGAAAAUGGCAACAUGGACUUGGCAAGUCAAGAGAAAGAAAGACUGGAAGAAAAACAGAGAGAAGCUCGAAAAGAGCGUGCCAAAGAUGAGGAAGAAUGGAGGACAAGAUGGUUUUCUCAAGGCAAUAACCCAUAUACCGGGACUCCUGACUGGUUAUAUUCAGGUGGAUACUUUGAUAGAAAUUUCUCGGACUGUCCAGAUAUAUACUGAGACAUUGGAACAGUUCCCUUUUGACCAACCAUGUGGACAUCACAAGGUUAGACUUUGCUUCAAGCUAAUUAAUCUGUUUUUGUUAACAGCAGAAGCCAACUUUUCUAAGGUCGAUUUUAUUGGAAAUAACAUCGUUCGCCAAUCAAGAAUUUAAUUUUCAUUACUUUGGGGAUUGAUACUGUUCAGAUAUCAUUAAUGUCCCUUUUGCCAGGAUGCUCCUGAGAGUAUCAUGUUUUCACUGUUUUAAGGAGGAAUACUGUUGAUGAUUUUCAAUUUUCAUGAUACAAGUUGGCUGUGGCAACUAUAGUUUGAAGUAUUUACCCCACCCCUCCUCUUCUACCCCCCUCAACUUUGUAACCUAAAAUGUCAGAAGACAGAGAAGGGGAGGAUCCAGGUUUCUUUUUUUUUAAGUGCUGCAGAAGAGAGGCCUCAGUGCUGCAGAAGAGAGGCCUCACAGGUACUCUGAACUUGGACCAAUGGUGGCAGAUGGAUGCAGGUCAGACCUGUCCAGCCAUACCACCGGAAAAGAGACAGUGGUCAGAACGACUUCCCAGAGGAAUAAAGAGCUACGGAAGUGCUCUUAAUCUAAUUCUGUCCAUCAAGAGUUGGAGCUGCAAAAUAAAGAACGCCAAGCAGGAUAGAAUGAAAAGUUUUCCGAUUCUCUAUUGUCUCAUUCUUUGGCACUACGACUAUUCCUUAUUAAGUAAUCGUGAUGGAACUCUGAAAUGGUGUUUUGAUCGAGUGAGGUGCAGUCAUCGAUGUAAACAUCACGGGCAAAGUGAAACACCGCAAGUAGAACAUAGCAUGCCAUAGAAAUGUUGGUGGAACCCUGGAAGAAAGACACUAAGACUGUUCGCAAUGGAACCAUCUAAGGAAGAAAGACACUAAGACUGCUGCCAUCCCUUCAAGUAAGUCAAGCCUCCAGCAGUUGCAUGGAAGUAGUCAGCCUUGUAGACAGGGUGUACACUCUGAUCAAACCUGAGCCUCUACCGUCUUGUCAUUUUUGAAAGCACUUCGUUCAUAUAUCUCCAUAGAGCUGUCGUGUGGGUUUUUAAAAAUGAUGCAUGUUCUAUAAUAUUAUGGGGUCACAUGUCAUUGCACAUUGUGGGAAAAAAAAGCAGAGUCUGCGAACUCUAACUGGUAUAGUGAAAAUGAUUUUUAAAAUACUAAUAGAUAUAAUUGUCUAAGCACGUGUGGUCAUCCAAGUGACUUAUUUGUUUGGGUAGAUAUGUCAAAGCCAUAUAAGGUCAGAGCUAUUUGAAUUGCAGAGAAAUUUAUUGUACAUAUGCAUAUAUUAUAUAUACAUAUAUAUAUAUAAUUUUAUUGAGUGGGGUUUCAAAGUCAUACAUUCCUGAAGAUCAGAAGGGGCUAUAGUUUUGUGUCUAGACUUAAAAAUUAGGUUGUAAUUAAAACACUUUUUAAAGCCAUUGUUUUGAAAGUUUCUCAUUUUAUAACCAAUGGAAACGAGAAAGUGGUAGUAUUGUAGCUAAGUUGGCAGUUGCUCCAAAUUAAUGCCACAAAUUGGGUAGUGAACCCAUUUGAUGACUUUACAGAUACACUGGGGCAUUCCUGUUUUCAUUUCCUGACCAGUUUUGAAGCAUCCGCCAGUUUGGAAGAGAAGUCCUCCGGGUCACCCGACCUCAGGUUAAUUGGAGGAUUUGGCUGGGCUGGGCAGCCGCCAUGGGCUCAAUCUCCUAUCAGUAAGGAAAGUGGUCAAAGGCAGAGAUGUUAAGGGCACCAGCCUGAAAUACAUUCAUGUCCACUACAUUCCUUCUGCAGUGAGCAGCGCUUUAUUGGCUUUGCUCCUUCGAAUUAUCCAGCCAGAUCUACUUAGUAAUGCGUACAUUGGUGUAGCGGAGGAGAACAAAUAUCUCUCCUAAAAUAAAUUAACUGGUAUUUUAUGUUUUUUAGGAAAUAGAAACUAACUUGAUAGAGUACAAUUGGAAAAUCGGUUCCUGUGUACUUAAAUUGACUUUUUUUCCCCAUUUUUUUUGCUGUCAAAAAAGGAUGAACUAUGUUCCACUGGCAAUUUUCAAUCCUGUGUUUAAUCACUGUGGCUACAGGUGUCACUAGUAAGACUCCGUGAAAGUCAUGUGUGACUUACAAAAUAUGCUUACAUGCUUACAAAAUAUCAGGUCUAAAAUUUGGAAAUAUAAAAUUUCCUUAAAUACAGAAAAAUAUCUUGCAAUUAAAUGUGAUGUGAUUUUUGCCCCUCGUGGAAAUUUGUUUCCCACUUGAGAGGUAUCCAUAUUUGGAGCGAUGGUCUGUAUAAGACAAAAAUAUGCAAGCUGUUCCAUUUGAAAUAAAGAUUUUGUAUUAAAGGGCCAGCUGAAAUAUUAAUGCCUUGCAUUAUUUUCAGUACUGAAAUUAAAAACUCAUUACAUUUCUGCCCAUUAGGCAAAAAACUGGACUUCCUUUAAAAAUUGGGGUGGGAUUACGUGGAGCUGGACAGAGUUUAUUCGGUUUAACCAACAAGCUGCCUAGAGCAUCAGGUCAGGGAAGAAUGAACAAAACUAGUAGUUCCAGAUUUGAAGGUGGUUUGCAGUGUAGGGGCUAGGCUAGCCCGAAAGCCUCCACAUUUCUUCUUUGAAAAAUGAAUGGCCUUCCUCUCUUUCGCAAGAGAGUUCGAACCUCUGAAUGGGGCCUUUGAGGCUUGGAGAGGUGGGACGUCCGAAGGGAUGUUCCCUGGCAGAAGAACAGAGGAGAGAAUGGGCCCUGCUGCUAUGCAUUCUGUAUGUUCCUCCCCAGUAGUUUUUCAGGGACCAGGUGGGACCCUGGAGCCUUAUGAUGUCACAAAUGAAAACCCAGGAUCCCGCUAAAAGGUCUAGAAAAAAGCCCUGCAUUUUGGGAGAGAAGAAAACCAAUGCAGAGGCAUCUGUUCUAAUAGGUGAACCACUUGUAGAUUGAACUGUUUUAUUGGUAUUCUUUUUCUUCUUUGCAAGGAAAAAGGCAAAGUACAUACGGAUGGCACCAAGGGGGCCUCAGGCUGACCUAGGGCGGGAGUCUCCAGAAGAAAGACUUUUCACUGAACUGUUUCUUUUGCAGGCAGAUGUACCUGGGUUAUAAACUCUGGGGAAUGGUUACUAGGUAGUCAGUCGUAUUUAUUGAGCACUUACUGUGUGCAGAGCACUGUACUAGGAGCUUGGAAGAGUACAAUGUAACAGACACAUUCCCUGUCCACACUAAACUUGCAGUCUAGAGGAUACAGUCCAAAUAUGGGGCAGCAUGCUUCAUAGGAGUUUAUUGUUGAGGAAUUGGCCAGGCAGUUUUUUGAAGCUUGUCAUCCAGGAGGAGCGGUGUAGCCUAGUGGAAAGAGCACAGGCCUGGGAGUCAGAGGACCUGGGUUCUAAUCCCAGCAUUGCAAUUUGCCUGCUACAAGACAGGGCAAGUCAAUUAAUUUCUCUGGACCUCAGCUUCAUCAUCCGUAAAAUAGGGAUUCAAUCUCUGUUCUUCUUUCUACUUAGACUGCUCCAUGUAGGACAGGGACCGUGUCUGACCUGAUUUGCUUAUGUCUACUCUGUCACUUAGAAAAUAGUCUUUUACUCACAGUAAGCCCUUAACAAAUACCAUAAUAAUCAUUAUUAUUUAUUAUUAAGGAAAAGAUGCAUUUACAACUUCUUUUCCUUCUCCUCCACCCCCAAGGAAUGUUGGAUUUGUUUUCUGGGUCUUUUAUCCCAGCAAUAAAAAGCCCCAAAUGAAUUGUAUGAAAAUUUGAAAACCUUACAGAUGACCAAAAACCAUCGAUAAAAACGUCUCACUCCCCAAACCCAGAGCCAGUCAAUUUUGAAGACCUGUCUUUUGGAGAAAGAUACUUGUAUUUCAGAAGCACUCUAUUCAAGUGGUAAUAGCUUCCUGCGCUUAAAAAAUUGUAGUUAAUGGGUGCCAACUUCUCAGUUCUGCUUAUUAAAUGAAAAUGGUGGGGAAGAAACAGUGUUAUCCACAUUCAAUUAAGUAAUAAUUGUGGUAUUUCUCUAAGUGCUUACUGUGUCCCAGCACUGUGCUAAUCCCUGGGGUAGGUACAAUACAGUAAGAUCGGAUGCAGUCUCGGCCCCAUACAAGGCUCACAGUCAGAGUGGAAAAGAAUACAGUAAAAUGGAAAGGCUUCCAAUAAACCCAGGCUUCUACUUCAGCUUCAGCACUUGGAAUUGUUUUUUUCUUAAAUUCCCCCUGGAAUCAUUCCCAAAUCUUGCCACAGUAAAAACUUUAGCCCAAUGGAAGAAUGUGAUUAAAACAUGAUUUGUACUGCAUUAAUUAUGCCCAGCACUUGCAUUGUCUACUGUUUUUUCUUUGUGUGUUUUGCCUGUGCUUACACUGUGUUUUGCUUGAUUCUGUUCCCUUUGCUUAGGGGUUUCUUGAUAACGAAAUACUACAUCCGUUGAUGAUGUAAUGCUAUUUGAAGUCUUUGGACAAACUCAAACCAUAUGUUAGGUCAGUUGUAUAAAAAAAAACCAAAAACAAUAAUUAGUUCACCGUAAGUUAAUGAAUAGGACACAGAUAAUUGAUUUCAGUAAGGUUUUAUAGCAUGGAAAAAUGUAUAUCUGCUUCUACCCAGGAUUUCAGCUCCCACUAUGAUGGACCCUUUUAUGAAGCUGCUCCCCUCCACGCCCCCCCCUCCUCAGUAUUCAAUUGCUGUACUCCAGUUGAUUUUUUACAAACACUGGGUUCACCUUAUCAAUGUUGCAUGGAAAUGUCAGAUGUUGAAAAUGCUCUAGUGAGAUGGAUUUAUUUUUAUAAUAUUUAAUAACUGUCCAUUCCCACCUAUUAACAAAAUCACUCCUAUUUAGCCUUUUGGAAGAGGCUUGUACAGAUUUGUGGACAUAAAUGUUAAACUGUAAAUCUGAAUAAAGGUCCUUUUGAAGAAGA